CACGGGAAAGUGUGCGCGCCCGCCUGUGCUCGCUGCUCGUACACGGGAAAGCCCGUACCCGUGUCCGUGAAUCCUCGACCGUUUCCAGUCCGUUCCUUGGACCCAGCUGCUGGUGGGACCCAGUGCAGUACGACCCGGUGGUCCGGUGUGCUUUCGUGCCGUGUCCCUGUGCAGAGGAUAUGGCAGAAGAAGGGGUGGUGAAGUGAUGCUCUCUCGCUUUUGCAGACUUCUUUCGAAGUUUGUAUAUGCAUUCGGAGUUGUGCAAGUGUAUAAACACGUUUAUUUUAUGAAAGAAUAUGGAAAUUGCGUAAAAAAGCGCUCUAAAAGCUGUGAUGUCUCACAAUUAAAAUCUCAUUAAAUAAGCAAAUAUAUGGCAGGGUACAGGUAUGUUUUUUGUAUGUGUUUGUGUAUGUGUGUGUGCAAAUAUGUGAGCCUUUGCGGCACGUGAAACCCAUUUUAAACAAUCGUUAAUGGGUUCGUAGAGAGCUAUUUUAACAGUUUCGUUCCGUGCCGGCGCCAGCUAGAAAAUAAAGAUAAGUGGCAAACUGUGUGGCAAAGUCCUUCGGCAACCUAAAAAGCCCGAAAGGAAGUGUGAAAUUAUUUACCGAACAUCGAAAAGUAAUUACUCACACCUGCGGCACAACUGGUUUGUGGGGCGUAUCGUCACAGCGCCAGCUGAAGCGACUCGGCUAGUAAAACGGGGAGACAGGUGCGUUCAAAGCUUUUUUUUGUGUGGAAGGUUUCAGUGUGAGGCAACCGUCUCGAACGGUUUGAGCGUUUGUGAAUGUUCUGCAUCAAGUGUUGGAGAGAGAGAGAGAGCAUUGGAAUUGGAGUGAUUAGUAAAAUGCAUUAAAUAUCUUCUGAGGAAAGCCUGACUGCAAAAUGUGUUAUAAAUGCAAAAUGAAUAUACAUAAGUGAAAAAGCUAAAAGUUUAAUUUAUAUGUAAAUUAAGCAAAAUGGUACAGUUAUAGAUACAACUUCAAAAAUCCAAUGGCAAGUGUCCCAAAAAUAAAAUAUAAAAAAUCAAAGACAAAACGCAAGUUAAUCAGUUUCCAGUGCCGUUCGUUAUUUCCGUUCGUUGCUCUGUUGCCAUUGUAUGGCCAAUAAAACGCACCCUCCAACUCUCUGAACGGCCCACAAAAAAAACUCCAACCCGACGGCGAUGAUUAGUAGCGAGAACCAAUCGAUCUUCGUUAAAACGAUCCCGAAAGGCUGUGCUAAAGUGACGAGUUCUCGAGUACUGCUCCAAAAACACUCCCCCACGCUGCUUUCCACACAGCCGUACUCGCGCCAGAUCUGUGGCUGAAAUUUUAGAGGGAAAAUUCGAUCUCAACUUCUGCCACAAGAGCGGCCCACCAGCUGCCGUUUCGGUCGGUUAAUUUGAUGGGAAAAUCGUCUCACGUUCAAUCGGUUACUUCGGAAGGCCCGGAACCGGCAGAAACGCACGCCAAUGGCAGCGGAGUAGUAAACGAAACGGAAGCGAUCCAGCAAACGCAGCUGUACGCAAUCACAUCGAAUAUCGGCGGGGUCUAGGGCAAGCAACAAGCGCCACAUACGUACGCGGGCCAAACCAAGACCAGCGGUGCGGUGCGAAAAUGGUGGCGAAGUGUUGUGGCGUUAAAAGUUUGAAAUUAAAUUACGAAAAAGAAAACUCCCGCUUACGAAAAAGGAAUACGGAACCGUGCCCGCAGUGAUCCGUCGGAAUUAAGUGAAAGAUUUGAUGCGAGUGCGAAGAAAAGAGAAAGAGAGAGUGAGUGAGAGAGAGGGUUUGUUGUGUGUACAGUUCGCUGGCUGGUGAAGGUGGAAAGAAGUGUACAUUUGUGUCCAUGGUGAAAGUUUUGGGUGUUAGAGAAUUGUACGGUGAAAUUGAUACUAAGCUGGAAUGCUGUUUGCCUUUUUCGUUGCUCACUUGCGCUGAAACUUAAUUUCAAUCCAAGCGCACGCGAUUGCCAAACUGUGAAAAAGGGCUACAGUUUCGAUCAAGCGGCUUUAGUGGCGAGCUUACCACUGGAAUUUGGUGCGAGGAAUUUGAGUGGUGGAGAAAGGAAGCGGUUGUGUUGUUUGGUGGAAGCUGUGCAGCUUUGGAAUUUUGGGUGAGGUUCGAGUCGGUAAUCUCGGUUCAAUUCGAUUCUCUUUAAGUGACACCACGAACCACUCGGGGCUGCAGUUAAAUGCACGAACGGCUUCAGGUGCCAGCUGGUUCCGGCUUCUCGUUGUUGCUGACGUGGCAAAACUUAUAGAAAACGUUUGGGGAUGAAAACAUUGAUCGGAACCGAACACCGACAGCAACAGGAUGCAGCAACAGGAAAAGCGACGCGAGCUGCGUUUGAAACGAUUCUGGCGCACCACCACCAAACCGCCGACGUCCUCCGAGGAGUCCGGCGGCUGCGAAAGUCCUACAAAACUCGGACGAAAGGCGUUCCAGCAACCGUCCGGUCCGGCCAUUGCCGCCAGCAGCAGCAGCAGCGAUAGUCCGCCGAAGCAUCCGACCUGUUCGCUGCCGCUGCUACAGGUGUGGCCCAGCCAGGACUCGCCCCGGGGUGAAGCAGAUGGGCAGAGCUUCGUCUUUCCCAUCGUAGCGGACGAUCAGCAACAGAGCUCCAAUGGCAGGCGAAACUCACUUUUCGUGGAUCAGCUGCAGGCGGGUGACUCCGGUAUCGAUUCCGUGCAGGCGUCACCCUCACCGAUCGCCAUGCCCUGCCAUCCGCUCGUCGUGUCCAAUGCCAUCUCGCCCAGCGCAUCGCCGACGGCCGGUUCGCCCACACCCUCGGUGGACCGGGCGACGCGGCGUCCCUCGACGUCGCUGCUGCACCCGGACCAUGCGCGCAUCUUCGCGCUCCGUGCGCCCGCCUCUCCCGACCAAGUGAGCCUGGCCAGCCUGCCGUUGUUUGACAAUCAUAGGACCUCUUCCACUCCUCCCCAUCCAUUGCAGACUUCGCUCGAGGACAGCACGGAGUUUAACGGGCCCACGACCAGCAAUCAUCUCUGCACCGCCAGCUCCAGCACGACCUCCUCGCUUACCUCGGUAGCCGUUGCGACCCUUGGCCAACACCCGCAGCGGUCCUCCGAUCCGUGGUUACGGCCGGAGCGUGACAAAGACAACCUCGAGCUCGAUCAACGCCGUGCCUCCACGAUGACGGCCCGGCUGUCCCUGUUCGAUGCGCUCGAUCUCGAGUACGCACUGUUGCGGGCGGCGGCCCGCGGUUCGGUCGGACCCUACUCGCUCAGCGAGUCACUGCACAAGCUGACCUUCACGCAGUCGCUCGCAUUCCCGGCGCUGGCCCGCGGACUGGCCACCAAGCGGCGCAACUCCACCGAGCAAAGCUCGUCCCGGCCGCUCAACCCGAACGAGUCGGGCCUGAACACGUUCGCCAAGGUCGUGACCGCCUGCGUGCUGGUGAUGGUGAGCUUUCUCGUGUUUCUGGUAGUGUACAAGUACGUGCGGACGUGAGGGUUGCUCCUGGCCCCGACAGAGGUCGCCACCGUGCAGGCGACCACUACCAUCGCCACGACGUUCCACCAGCACGUCGCGAACAAAACGAUGGUGUCGGGGUUCAGGAAGCUCUUCAACAUUGAAACGUAACGCCAGCCGGUAGUGAUCGGUGGUGCAAUGCGCCCGUUUGAGUGUAUGUGUGUGACUGUAUGCGGUUGUGCGAGAGCAAGAGCGUGUAGUUUGUUCCACUUGUGUGCUGUGCAAUUUCGUCUUAUGUCAGCGGAAUUUCGCGACGCUCGUCCUCAAUGUCCACAAAUCUCUUUCGAACUCGCCCAUUGGACCUAGUGAUGAUACAAUCACGGGAAAGCAAGUGCAUUCAAAAUGCACCAAAAAUCAAAUCCCACAAUCUUUAUGAAAAAAACAAUGGUUCAACCUUAAGCCCCGCUGUGUGAGCGUGUGUGUGUGUGAUGAGGGCUCAUGAGGAAAAACAAGAAUGCUAAAAGAUAAUCGGUUUCUGUAGUGCAACGGUACAAGCGUGUAGAGCAACGUUUGGCAACGUUUCGUUUCGCGUGUCUCGUUCGGUAGGAAAUGGUGUGUACGAUUCGAACAAAAAUCAAUUUACAAUUACAGUAACCAACAUUUCGGAAUCGGAAGAACCUUCGCUGCGUCUAGAAGCAUAUCAUUCAUUGGUGGGUGUGAAAAGUAGCUAAAAGAGGCAUCAUUUCAAUUCUCAAACAAAUGUAAUAACAUUUUUAUUGAUAUAUCUUUGGAUUUUACGAUUGAAGACAAUAAUCCAAUAAUUUGCGACGGCUGUAAAGCUUUUAGUCGUUUUGUGGUUGCUGUAGCUGUUUCUUUUUUUCUUCAUUGCAUUUGCAUUAGAUUAAAUUAAUAAAUCACUGGGAUAAGAAUUCAUUAGACUCAUUAGAAUUGGUUGGUAAGUGAACGUAUUAAGAGGCUUUUUUGUUCAAAUGCUACAAUGAAACUAAUGUGUAAUGCAAAUAGCCUGUUUGUAGGCGUUUCAGUUUGUCGCCUCCAUGUAUGCAAUCCUUAACGCAAAACGUCUAUAUUUAUGUAUUAUUUUUCACAAAUGAACAGUUUUAUUGUUUUUAUCACUAUAAAGCAAAAUAUUUAACAUUUUUUAAUUAAAAUGUAUUGGUUUAAGGUAUACUUUCAUAAAAAUUUAUCAAUUAUAAGUUUAGUAAUUAAUUUGUUAAUAGUUGACUUAUUACCUCUUUUUACAUCAUAAUUGGCCAUCAAUUAUCUUACAUUGCAAGUGCAAUCCUAAAAUAAAUUUAGAUAAUUUGCUGAUUUUAGAGGUUAUUUAAACUAAUAAUCAUGCGUCUAGAUUCGUUCAAUCGUUCGCAUCUCUAAACGUCAGCCAUCCCUCUCUUACCCUUAGACGCAACUAAGCCGGAGAAGAAUAUGAAGCUACGCUCGUGUGAUGAUGCACUAUCCGCAUGUAAAUAGCAAUGUAGAAGAAGAAGAAGAGAAUUUACCGUAAAGAUAAAACAAGAUACAACAAGUAGGCUAUAUACAUAUAGAUAUAUAUACAUAUUCUAAGCGGGGCUGUGCGUGCGUGUACAUACGCUCCGCGCGUGAGACGCCAACACGCCAGCGACACGCGAAAGCAACUCUACUCUGUGAUCAAUACGCGCUAAACAUGAGAGGACAAGAAUAAAAUUGGAAUGAAAACCACACAACAUGUAAACAAACACUCACACACAGACAGACAAUGACACACUCACACCCUCCAUGAUGAUGGUCCAUGGAACCAAUCCAAUCCCUCGAGUGUAGCGAGUGGGAAUCGUUUCCGAACUAACUUAACAAUGUAAGAACCCUACGAACCAAACUGAACCUUAACGAAUUACCUAGUCCAGUAAUCAAGCCGACACUCGUCGGCAGUACCAUUAAUAUUUUACUCAUUUUCUUAGCCAUUGUUCAUCCGCUUACUUUUCAUACUCGCUGCAGUUGCUUGGUAAACAACAAGAUUAAACUCCUAGCCAAAUAAAAACCAACUGCAUAAUAAGAUAGGACAUACAAAAACCUCCUAAUGAAUUAUAUUUAUCACACACAUGUAUUUGAUUAAGCAACAGCAGGUUAUAUUCCAAUCCAGCAUGCAUCCCAAAUCAAGCGAAAAGAUGUUCGAGGCAAAAAUAAGUCACCUUGACCCCUAUCCCUAUGGGAAAGGUGUGCUGUACAUUUAAUUCGCUGGCACCAAACCUAACCAGACGGCCCCAUACCUGUGUGUGUGCACGUUUGAGUUUUUCAUCCUCUUCAAUCCCAUUCAAUCAGCAUUGGACAUUUUUUACCGGUAACAGUUUUAACCCCAAAACACUACAAUCAGGCGUGAGUGUAUUAAGUGCAGCCGAGAAGAAAUGCGAAAAAAAAUCAUUAAAAUCAUACCGAAACGCAGAAAUAAGAAACAGGAAAAUUGAAAAAUCUGCUACACAGUUGAUCAGCUUUAAAGAUGUAAAACAAAAAAGGAAAAAUAAACGAACGCAGAGGAGAUGACUAAACAACCAAUCGAAUGUAAAAUAAGAAAACAGUGUGACAAAAAGCCUACAAAAAUGCAACUAAUACAUACGUGCGUACGUGACAAGGGAAGGGGAAAGCGUGUGAAGAAAAAGUGGGUGAAAAUUAGAAUUCAAGUUGGGUUGUGCUUAGGCUCUACGGUAUAUAUCCGGGGGGGAAAGGUAGAACAUGGAACAAGUUUAAAGAGCGAUAUGAAAAUAAAAGUCAAUAAAAAAUCAACUGAUCAUGUUCA